UUUUGUGUUCUUCUGGAUAGGAAAAAGCCCAGAACUUCUGUUGGAAGAAUCUGUUUUCCUUUGUGAGAGAUACGUGUGCCAGACCUAACUUCUUGUUUUGACUACCAAGAAAAUAGAAGUGGCUCCCUAUUCAUUUCAAUGUCAGUUUGCUGCUAAUGGGUUUGAGUAAACUAGAUGUUUUAUACAGACGCCUUCUCCUCACAAAACUUUUCAUCCAAGGAUGGGGAAAGCCAGAGGACCUGAAAAGAAUAUUUGAAUUCAGAAAGAUUAUUGGAAACAGGGAAAAAUGUCAGAAGUUGGUUUCAAGAGAUUAUCCAGUGUUCACUGACAAGGUUGAAGAGCAAUCAGACUGUAAGAUCCUUAAUGGACACUUCAUUUCCCCUUUGGCUCAUUAUAUUCCAGGCAUCUUGCCGACAGAAUCCAUCGUAGCAAGAUUUCAGUUCAUAAUGCCCAAGAAAUGGAAUGGCAAUUACAGACCUGUGUGCAUUCAUUUAGCAGGCACUGGAGAUCAUUACUAUUGGAGACGACGCGCACUAAUGGCCCGUCCAAUGAUCAAAGAGGCCUGUAUAGCUUCUCUGUUGUUAGAAAAUCCUUAUUAUGGCUACAGAAAACCCAAGGACCAAUUGAGGUCAUGUUUAAAAAACGUUUCGGACCUAUUUGUGAUGGGAGGAGCUCUUGUUCUUGAAUCGGCAGUUCUUUUGCACUGGCUGGAGAGAGAAGGCUAUGGACCUCUAGGAAUGACUGGAAUAUCUAUGGGAGGACAUAUGGCUUCAUUAGCAGUGACAAACUGGCCUAAACCAUUACCACUGAUACCUUGUCUUUCCUGGUCUACUGCUUCUGGAGUCUUUACUACGGGUGUGUUGAGUAAGGCAGUGAACUGGAGAGAGCUAGACAAACAGUAUUAUACUCAAACUGUUUAUGAAGAAGAAAUCAUUCAAAUGCUUGAAUACUGUGGAACAGAUUCUUUCAAGAUGGGGCAAGACUUCGUUAAAAAUGCCCCCAACAGCGUGGACAGUCUGAAUGAUCUAGAUCUGUCUUCCCAACUGUUCGACCUGAAUGCUACAAGUGAAAUUGUGCCUAAAGAAGCUAUUCAUUGCCUUAGCACAAGUAAAAGUACUGUAAGUGCCUCCUCGGAGAGACUCUUGCUGCAAGACGCUCCUAAAAUACAGUGUAUGAAUCAGACAUUUUCAACUAGUAGCUGUAGCAGCAAUUACUUCCCCAACCAACAAGAGCAUCAGUUGUAUGGAGAAAGGAAUAGAGGUGCUUUACAAAGAGAAUCACUGAGGUUCAUGAAAGGAGUUAUGGAUGAAUGCACCCAUGUAGCUAAUUUCUCAGUUCCAGUGGACCCAAGCUUAAUAAUAGUUGUUCAAGCCAAGGAGGAUGCAUAUGUCCCACGAACUGGAGUGCGUAGCCUUCAAGAAAUUUGGCCAGGAUGUGAAAUCAGAUACCUGAAUGGAGGUCAUAUCAGUGCCUACCUCUUCAAACAAGGGGUUUUUAGGCAAGCCAUAUAUGAUGCAUUUGAACGCUUUCUUCAGAAAUAUGCCUUGUAGUAAUCUUCAUGAAUAUACUCAAUCUGGUAUUGUGUGAGUUUUCCCAAUCUAGAACUUCAAGUUGGAUUCCUUUGUAAAGCAAGCAGAUUCCAUCAACAUUAAAUGAAUCCUCCGAUUCAUCUGGCACUGAUUUUGAAUGUUUUCUACCAGGUACCAAUGGUAAAACAUCAAAAAUAGUAAUUUCAGUUCAACCAAAUGCCAGUCUAAGAUGUAUUUGCUUUAAUUUUAAUGGUGAAAGUUUUGGCAACAUUUUGUUAAUGAAUGAAAGAUCCUUCCACGUUUAAUCUGUUUUUAUCACAUUAUGUAUGAAAUGACUUGAUUUUUUCUUUGAAUAGCUUGCAUAUCAGUUGAAAAGAGACCAGUGUAAUGUAAAUGACAUUUUAAAAGUUUUCUUUUAGGACUGUAACACUUUUUUCUAUGUUUAGUCUUCGCUGUAUUCCUGUUAACCAGAUUUUGCUGCCUGCCCUGUCUGUCUUUGUUUCCUGUGCUGUUGUUUAAGGAAGUGGUUUUACUAGUACUCCCCUUACAGACUGCUCAUGUUUUGGUUAGCAUUGGGACUUCAAAGUGCAGAAUUACAUAUAGGGAGGGAGUCUUGGAAAAAGUGGCAGCUAAAGGCAAGGAAAGGUUAAUAGAUCCAUCUUUAUAUGACGCAUUGGAAAUCUCUCGGUCUUUUUUUAAAAAGGUGCACAGCGUGUUCCAGGUAUUCACUGGUUGGUAUACAGAACUGAAAAAGUAACUGACAGCAGAGCACAUGAUGAAUUAUUACUUAAAUAUUUACCUUUGGGCAAUGUGUUGAUUCCAGUAGCAUUUUAUAACUGUGAUUAAAACUGAACAUGUUUUCUUGGCAGUAAUUUAAAUGUAUAUGAUAGCACAACAACUCUUAAGUGCCAUAUUGUAUUGAUUUUUAAGAUGCUUGAACAGAAUUCUUUUUUAAAGUUCAGUCAGUACUUAGAUGUUCAAAAGUGUUUGGGUGUUUUUGGGGGGGUGGGGUUGUUUGCACAUCCAAAUUCAGGUGCAGGUUACCCAGAGGUCUAAGAAUUGUAUGAAAAGUAAAAGAUGAGAUCAGCCUUUAUUUGUAACUUUUAAACAACAACAAGUCUUUAAUUGUAUGGAAGAGAAAUAUUUAGGAUUCUGAACACAUUGUAAUAAAAUUUCAAUCCUUGUAUGCCAUGAAGUUUCACUUGUUAACAUAUCUAUUCCUUGAAAGCACUCAUCCAUAAAAUUUGUUUUUAAAAGUAAGACUAUGAAAGAGUUUAAGCAUGUUUUUUGUAUCUUCUUGAUUUAUAGCAAUUGAAUAGCAUUUAGAAACCAUGUUUGUCAGUUCAGGUUAAGACAAACUGCAAGUAUGAAUAUGUGCCUUUUAACUUUCAAGUAGAGCAUUUUAACUUAUAGGUUGAAAUUGCUGCUUUAUAUAUGCAGAAUAUGGAUCAUACUGCUUGUAUAAACAUGCUCUCGAAACAUUUUAAUCUGGAAAAUGAGAAGUGUAGGGACCAGACUACAGUCCAUCCAUAAAUUAGAUAAGUCCAGAAAAAACUGGAACAGAAGAAUUUGUAAAUUUUUUUU